AGGUUCCAGAGUCAUUGACUUCACCCAGUAAGACAACAUCGCCAUGUUGUUUGCGGCGGCUAACUGCUGGAAGGCACACUGGUGGGUACGGUCAGCCAGCCGUGCCAGUGUUUGGCUCGAGGGGGAGGGCGGUGUGGGUCGCCGUCCCCCGAGCGGGUUAGAUGACACACCGAACACGGAAGCCAGGCUUGGUUCCAGUGGAGGUACGAGUGGAAAACCCUUGUUGGAAAUCCCCACCACCCUUGUGAUGGGGACAUAGGACAGGGGACUUUAGCUUCACAGGCUCCUCCGCUGCACGAGCCAGGUAAGCGCUGAUCGCCGGGAUACACGGCCACCACGCGUCCUGUCGGCGCCGUCGUGUCGGCUCGACCCCGAUGCCUUCCUCCAGCGCGUCCGUGGCAUGAGGAAAAGGCACCGUCAUCUGCCUUGAAGCCGCCGCCUUUUGAAUUACUCCUGGCAUCAGCUGCACGAGGGCACCCAUGCCCGUCAGCUCAGCGGUGGCAGAAGUUAAAACCGUGCAGUCCGACCCCUCGGUCUCAAGGGGGGAACCGACGGAAGGAUAUUGAUCUUUUGCACCGGGAGCGGAGUCGUCUGACUCCGGUCCGCGACCGUCAAAAAACUUGAUGGCUUGGUCCAGACCAAAAGCGCGUUGUGAUGCGAAUCCUUCGCCAUCCAUAUCCGCGUAAGCCUCGGCUCGCCGGCGUCUCUCGGGUUCAUCGAGUAACUUGCAAAAGGCACAGUUGGCUCCGGGAGUGAGCGCGAGGCCAGCGUGCUCUGGGCCGAGGCAGGAUUCGCAGCGCGGGUGGAGGUCUCUGGACAUGAUGUACCCGGUUUGGCACCCCGGGCACAAGCGGAUGUUCGAUCGUUCGUGCUGCUUCAUCGCUGAAGAAAAAUGGGAAACGAGCAGCCGGUCUCACUCCAAUUUAUACACGGUGAGACCGUGGGUGGGGCCCUCAGUUGGUGGGCGUGGACUAAAGUUUUCAGUGCGCUCAUGCGCGCGAGGGAUAAACCCACUAGCGAUAGCCUUAAAGGGCGAAGCCUAUACGAGAUAGAACAAAAUGGCAAGAACCAAGCAGACCGCUCGUAAAUCCACCGGAGGCAAAGCCCCCAGGAAGCAGCUGGCCACUAAGGCUGCACGUAAGAGCGCCCCGGCCACCGGCGGCGAGAAGAAGCCUCACCGUUACAGGCCCGGUACCGUGGCUCUGAGAGAGAUCCGUCGCUACCAGAAAUCCACGGAGCUGCUGAUCCGCAAGCUGCCCUUCCAGCGCCUGGUGAGAGAAAUCGCUCAGGAUUUCAAGACCGACCUGCGCUUCCAGAGCUCCGCUGUCAUGGCUCUGCAGGAGGCCAGCGAGGCUUACCUGGUCGGCCUGUUCGAGGACACCAACCUGUGCGCCAUCCACGCCAAGAGGGUUACCAUCAUGCCCAAGGACAUCCAGCUGGCCCGCCGCAUCCGCGGAGAGAGAGCAUAAACUGCUGCUGCUCCACUGACGAUAACAACGGCUCUUUUAAGAGCCACUUCACUGCCCUCAAGACAAAAGUCCUCCGUUGCCCUGCUUGUUAAAGACAGUUAAUACAUAUAACUAACUAAAGAAGUGACUACAGAUCCUAAAGUACAUAUCAAUACCAUUGGAGUAUUAAAUAAAUUAAGUUAUUACAAUAUAAUAAAUUAUAAUCAAGUAA